AUGAUGAGGAUCUCUAGUCAGGUGAGAGAUAUAUUCGUGGUAUGCCCAUCAGAAAUUACUAUUAAUUAAUCAUUUUUUUGCUCUCUUUCUUUGUACAAAAGCUACUGAGGUCAAGGACAUCUCAACCGCUACAGCUCGUUGAAUACUUGGAUCUAUCUAAUCUUGGACUAGGUACGCUUUCAGUAAGUGUUGUUUGAUUUGUUAUGUUGAUGGAAAAUGAUGGAAUCUGCUUUAUUUUACAGUAUCUCUGGAAAGACUCGAACUAUGCCCAAAGGUUCAGACCUUGAUCGUCCGUGGAAAUCGAAUUGAAGCUUUACCCGAUAUGAGAUGCUAUUCCCAGCUGUGGAAAAUUGACCUCGCUAACAAUGUGGUAAAUAUUUUUUGCCCGAGGGUAUCAUUGAGGUGGGCUUCACCUUCUUUUAUGUCCUCUCUAUACGAAAAUCAUAUUUUGCUUUAAAGCUAUCCCUUUUUGCUGGAGAUUGUUGCGUGAAAAGUAGCUUAAAACUCAAAGCUUACAACAGACUACUCACACUUGACAUGGAUAUCGAUCAGAAUUUGUAAAAUGGGAUGAAGCAUCAAAAAAGGAUAUACACUUGCGCCCGAAAAUUUAACCCUCUAGUCAUUUCACAAAUGAAUGAUUUCUUUCACUCGUGAUGUAUAGUUCUUAUAAGCUCCAAACGAGUAGUCCAUGCUAACUAAGGCUCAAUUUUAACGAGGUUGUGUUUCGCGUUAACAAUCUUUAUUCAUGAGAAUCUGUUUACUUAGUGUUUUGUUUGUGGUUACUGGUAACUCGACAAACAUAAUGGCUGCAUUAAAUUAAUCUUCAUAGUAUGGCUCGAACUAAUUGAAACUAAUUGUCUUUGUCAACUCGAGUGUGACAUGAUUUGAAUGUAAAGCUUAAACUUUACAUUGUGUCGUCUAUGAUCGUAGUAGUCUGUGAGUUGAAUUCAAAACAUUGCUCAGUUGGCAAAUUUUAUACUUGCGCGCUUUAGGCUUUAAAAUAAAACUAAAUUUGCUGUAGGAGCAAUGAUAAAAUUUGAGAAGUUGAGCGGAUUGUGGAGAAGAUUGUAAAGAAGUAUUAGAAAAUUUAAUGUCGGCUGUAAAGACUUAAUUUAUUGGCCUUUUCAAGCUGUGCAAAUUCCUAUUGCAUGAAGGGCAAUUUCAUUCUCAUAUUUUUGUCUGGAACAGAAGACUGGCACCUUUGUCAAUCAAUUGUUAGCAAGCUUGGAAAUUAUGUUGAUAACACCUUUGAAUGCAGAUAAACAAAACAGAGUUUUGAAAUAAAUUUUUUCAAGGGAUCCUAGCAUAUGUAGUCUUGAGUUUAGAAUAAAGGCAAAUUCCUUGUAGUAAAUUACUUGAUUAGGAAUGUUGAUAUUUAUAAUAUUUUAUUUCUGUGAUAGGUGAAAAGUUUGGAAGGUUUGUUUUCGGUUGCUGCCUUUGGAACACUGGUCCUAGCUAAUAAUGACCUUGACUGGAAUGAGUUGCAAAAAAUACGGCAUGUUCAUAUACUUGAUCUCAGUCUCCAUGGAAACCACAAACUGGAGAUGGAUGCUUAUUGUGAGUGUUUUAAUGUAACUAACAGUCUAAACCUGUAACCUUCAGAUUCAAAUAGUAAUUCUCCUUACUUUCUCCUACACACUUCCUUGUAACUUAGACUGGGGAAUUAAAUUUUUCAUCAAGAUGAUACUCUAAAUGACAUCAACAGGCCUGUUUGUUCUGGUAACAUAUUUGAAAGACAAAUAUUGGAAGCACAAGGAAAAAUUACUUGUUGAACAGCUGUAAGAAUUUAGGGGUUAAGGUUGAAGUUUCUAAGGUUACUUCUGUCUCUAAGGAUCCUUGUGAAGGUUGUGGGACAUUGCAAAAAGGAAUCAAGCUCACCCACUUAUAAAAGGGGGAGUGGUAAAUGUUAAAUGUAUAAAAGGGUAACUUUCUAAAGAAACUGUGGUACUGUGUUGGCAGGAGAGUAUAACAGAGUAAUUUGGUUUUAUCACCCAUAACAUGAUAGCAUAAAUUGGCCACCGUAAGCAGUUUCAAAGCUGACAUUUCAAGCAUUAGCCUUUAAUGUUUGAGCAAUGAUAGAUAAUGAGUGUUGUUUGGACACUUAUACUUCAUAUUUCAGAUUCUUUGUUCUUUCUUUGUUGCUGCAGAUAGGAUGCAUGUUAUUGACAGUCUUCCCCUGGUUUGGAUGCUUGAUGGGCGCAUUAUAACUUGUAAGCUUUACAUUUUAAAACUCUUAACAUUACUAACACUGACUUUUAUAAUAUUACAGUAUACAGCUCAUAUUUAAUCCAAGGUUUCAUAAUUUUUUUUUGUAUUGGCCAUUGGAACUACAAAUAAUCUUAGCUUGGAGUGUUAGAUACUGCUGGCUGUUCACUGUUUUGAAAGAAGAUUAUGAAAUUGCUAAGAAUCGAAAAAAAAUUAUUGACCAAGUUAUUUUGGUGUACAUAUAUCAUGCACUUUUAAUGAUGCACUUUUUGAUGUUUAAUUUGUUUUUGCUACAGCUGCAGAACGUGCUCAGGUGGAACAGUUCUUUAAGGAUUCUGCACUUUCUGAUAGACCUGUGGUAGGUAUAGUAGAUGAUUCUCAGAAAGUUGGUGAACCUGUGAUCAACAAGGCUUCUGAAUAUAAAUUAUAAAAUUUUUGUUGUGCAAAAUAACAUUUAAUUAGUUUGCCUGAUCCUAUUUAUUCCAGAGACACAAGCUUCCCAAGAACCACUUUGUUCCAUCAUCAUUAAAAAACAUCUCACUAACAGGUGUUUUUGGACAAAAGGUAUGUGUUGGCAAAAGUUAAGUUACAAUUAUUAUACCUCAAUCAGUGAAUCUGAUUACUUCUAAUUUUUUAUUUAUUUGGACACUUGAAGCAGUUUUCAGUUGAGUGUAAACAAGCUCACUGGUUUUGCUCAUUAAAAUUCACACAACAUUCUUGAAGCCAGUUUGGUGCCAAAUGUAACCCAGUUACCAGUUAAUAGUUAUUUAUUUGAUAAAGUGCAUGCUCUUCCCAAAUUCUGAAGGCCAUGCUAAUUAUCAAAUCCCCAUAUUAGUUGUUCCCAUACGUAGCAUAUCCACCAGGAAAAAUGUUUUUGAGUGUACUUUGGAAAAUUUUAGGGUAAUUUUAUAUUUCAUACCAGGAGAGGUGAUAAGAUAUAUUGCAUUAUGUGUCCACAUAUCAUUAAUAACCUUUACAAGUGGGCCAAAGAAUGACCAUUUUCCUUUGUCUGUGGCUUGUCUUUUGUAGAGAGAACACUUGAUGAGAAGGUUCCCUAUAAAAGAAAAACUGAAUGUUGGUAAGUUACAAGAAAAUAAGCAGAAUUCAAUCAUAGACUUCACAUUGUAGCUCAAUCUAUCAGUUGACAUUCUUCAUCAGUUUUUUACCUUUUAACUCCUAAGAUCCCAUCAGUAAUUUUCUUUACCGUCUGACAUACAAUUCUUAUGAUGUCAAUUUGGAGAAUUUGGUACUGGAUCAACUAAUAAUCCCCUAAUUGAUAUUUUACUUUAUUUUCAUCACUUCUGUGCUUGAUAUUGUAUUGACAUUGUUAGGAGAAAUUUUCUCUUGGUCAAGAGAAACAGAAUUCUAACAGGAUGGAGUUGGUGACAUGAGACCUGAUGCUCAUCAGUCAGUGAUAUACAGAAAAUUAACUAUUUUCUUUUUUUAUUUUAUGAAGUUUUAAUGCUUUUAAGAUAUAUAUCAGCUUCAAAGACAAAUGUGAAGUUUAAGUUUCACUAAUAAAGUACUUGUAAAUUUGUUUUAUUAAGAUCUCGAUAAGCGACGACUUUUGUACCUUGCUUAUGGCCUCCAGCAAGAAGUGAACCUUUACAUGAAAAGCAAUAUGAAGUAAGUUGAGUUUACUAUUGGUGAUGUUUAAUCUUGGGAUUGACAUGCAAUUAUUUUUCAUUCUGUUUUCACAAUACUUGUUGUAAUCAAAAGCCUUUUGACCAGUUGGCACAAAGAUCUGUGUACACUUGGCCCUUUGAGCUCCCAUGAAUGACCAAGACAGAACUUCUCCCUAUAAUUUCAAUACAAUAUCAAGCAGACAGGUGAUGAGAAUAAAGAAAAAUGUCAAAUUAUCAGUUUAAAAGUUCAUCCAAUACCAAAUUCUGUGGACUAUAAAAAUCAUGAGAAUAAUAUGACAGACAGUAAGGAGAAUUAAUUACCAAUGAGAUCUGGGAGCAAGAGGGUUAAUUGAGAUUAUUCCAUGGAAAGUGCGCAGGAACAAUUUUUGAUCACAAGUUGCAUUCAAAAAAACAAACUUGCGAGUGCAGCAACAAGUCAAUAAAAAUCAUUGAAGUACUUUCCAUGGUUUGAUGUUUUCAUUUUAUACAUUCUGUGAUUUUUUCACAUUUCAAUUCAAAGAUUGAAGGAGAAUGACUAUGAAAAUACAUUGUUCAUCCAAUCAGAGACAUGAAUGAUAGUACUUCACAGUGUUAUAAUCUCAGUAUGUACAAAAUAAAUAACCUUAUUACACACUUUGAGGAAAAGCUGUACAAUUACUUAUAGUUAUGGCUUGGAAUCAAUUUUGUAUAUAAUAAUCUUGUUUCAGGGGGAAGGUGAAACCAUCACUGCUGAUAGAAAAUUUAAUAAACUACAGAAAUGAAGACAUGGAAAGAUGUAACAUGCUAUUGCUAAUGCUAGUGGUGAGUUCAUUGUAUGUAAUUUCUAUUUUUUUUAUUCCAAGGAAGGGGUUGCCAGUUUCUGUCAGUAUUCACUGCUUUAACGUUUGGAAUGGCUCCAUUAAUUUAACAGAUUGAUUAUCUUUUUAUUAACAAUUACUUGUUGUCACUUUGCUUGGGGAAAUAGCAGGGCAUUCUUUAAACUUUAGAGACUGGAGAGCUAAAUUUUACUAGUGACACGUCUCAGCUUUUUUUCCCCGGACUUGGAGAAUGUUCACCCAUUACUUGAAAAUUGAUAAAUAAAUUAUAUUAAAGUUAUUAAAAACUUGAUCAUUGCAUCAAUGGUUUUUAUUGACUUAGUCACCCUGGGUUAUGAGUCAUACCAUGCUCUACAGAUAUAGUAAGUGUAUACGUCAGCUCAAAAUUUAAGUGGAGCUAAAAAACUCAUUUAUUAAUCAAUAUUUUGGGGUGUUUUUAAUUCAAAAAAUUAAUCCACUCGUGCUGGUUGGAUAUGAGAUGAUUAUAGCCAACUUGGCCCUACAACCGUUCCUAGCUAUCCAUCAUUUCAUAUCCAACAAGUGUGAGUGGAAUAACUGUUUAAUUAAUAUACAUUGUAAUUUACGAUCAUUAUAUUUAUGCGGAUGUAUUAUUCUAUUUAGGCAUCCCUGGAAUUUGCAAUUCCUUCACUGCUUGUUCAGCAAACCCUUGAUAUUGCAAGACUGCGAAAAAUAAGGUAAUUAAUUUAAAUCAAAAUUUAUUUUCUCUCAUGAUUGAGUCGUACCAUUGACAUCUCAAAGCUAAAUUUACAAACAGAAGAGGCUUCAUAUAUUUGUAGACUGGUUUGGUGUUAUAUCAAGGUUUUUCAUAAUUAAAUUUCUUGAUAUUGAGUGUCUUAAUUGUUGUAACCAGUUUACAUGGCAUCAAACUAAAUUUGUUUUGGAGGAUAAAUAGAGGUCAAAUGGUUUAAAAUUGCAAGUGUUAUUAUAGUUGUGAGGAUUUGAUUUUGCAUUGGUUCCAUAUUCCAUGAUUUUCUGAAUUCUCGUUACUUCAUUACUUGACAUUGAGUUAAAAGAAGUGUAAUGAUCUACAUCCUUUUGGAAUUCAUUGGUUUAAAAAAAUAGCAAGUGCUGUUUUUUAGUUUUUGGUGACCUAGCUGUAAGUAUUCAUUGUCUGUUUUCAAUUUUGUUUUUCAGAAAUGUUGACACCAUGGAUGUAUUCAUGCUCCCUCGGGAUGUCAGAUGCCGAUUGAUUUCUUUGCUUUUGGGGGCUGUGAAAAUUGAGCGUGAUCAACACAUUGUAAGUGUAACUUUUUUGUUGACCUUUGCAAAAAGAGUAGUCUGAAAAACUUUUGUGCAUUAUGAAGAUGUCUGGUCAUUGAGCAAUUGUUAAGAAUAGUACACUUAGUCUUGAGUAAGAAGUUUUCAAGCACAAGCAAUGAUGAGCAAAAAUUGACUUGAAUUUUUUUAUUUUCAGUUUAUUUAUAAUGGAGGUGUUCUUUAUUUUUGUUGUCUUUUGCUAGGAUGGUGGAUUGUACAACAGACUGUACCUGUGUCUUUAUGAUCUUGUUGCUGAUCUGGUUAGACUUGCCAAUGGAGACAGUGUAGCUAAGUACGAAUUAAAUCUAGAAAUUUUGGUUUAGUAUUUGUUCAAAUCAUGAUCAUAGCAUGAUGACUUAGUUAAUGUUUUAUUAUUGACAACAUGGUGUGGUGACUUUCACUUGUAGAUAUCAAGCAACACGAAAAAGGCUGGAUUCAAGGUUUGUUCCCAAAAUUGAAAUCAUGAUAUUAUAUAUUUAACUGUUCAACUCCUAAGAUCUGAUUGUUAAUUCUCCUAAUCAGCUGUUCCUCAUUUCCUUUUAUAUAAAGGAGAAUUUGGUGUUAGACUUUCAUAACCACUUCUACCUGAUAAGUUUGAGUAUUCUCAUUACCUUUUUGCUGGAUAAUGUGUGGAUAUUAUAGGGAGAAGUUACAUGUUAAACACUUCAGUGUUAAAGGGUUAUAACCAUGAACUGUAACUUCUCAUUUUUUUUUUCUUUUUUGCGGUUAAUCUUAGCCAUCACCACCAUAAACAUUUUGCUAAGUAGGAAACCUAUAUACUUGGACUUGAGUGUUUAAAAUAUUGCAAUCAAAUUAAUUGUUUAAGGCUGAAUCCCUGACUGAACUUUUUACUGAACUGUAGACUGGACCCAUGGUAUUGUUCUCCUGGGGUACUGCAUUUUAUCCCUUAUGAUUUAUAUGUAUUCUGCAAACUGUAAAACCUGAAUUUCUUGCUGGUUAUAUCCUGAAACUUGAUCAUUGUUUUGCUAUUUACAGUCAAUGUGGUUUUUCUAAGAUUGGAGAAGGAACAUUUAGCAAAAUCAAUGUUUUCUGUUUGUUGCUAAAUUGAUGAACAUCUCUCUUAAAGCCCCACUAUAAUUUUAUAUUUCAAACAUGAAUACAGCAAGAACCAAGGAAUUGUAUUGAGGAUAAACAAUGAUUGUUUUUCUUUUAUUCUCUCAUUUUUGUUUUGUUUUGUUUGUUUUUUUCAUUUUUGAUAAAAAUCAUAACAAUUGAAUGAUGUACUAGUUGUAUUUAUAACAUUCCUGUUGUAGGAAAGCUGGGUACAGAUGCUUGUUGGCAUCAGAAGUGGUUCAGCUUCUCUGUAUUGUACCUGUCUUCUUUGACUUCAUUGGAAAAGAUCCUGGUAAGUAAGAUUAAGGAUAAAUUUGUCACAAUUAAUAUGACUUAAUGACAUGGAAAAACCAUCAGGGAAAUAACAAAGUGAACAAAUCUUUCUCUUUUUUAGGUGUUUUGGACUUAAUAAUUGUUGCCACUAAAGAUGAGAUGAUUGGUGAGAAGAUCAAGUCACUGAGUUGGAAAAUUCAGUCUGAAGGGGUGAGAGUGACAGUACUUUAAUUUAGGAUUUUAGAGUACAGAUAGUUUAAAAGAUGUUGGUCUGAUAGCAUGUUGGAUUCUAUGUGAGGGUAAAUGUUGAUAGUUGUUAUUAACUGGGAUGAAAUCUUCUAAUAGGAUUAAUAGAGAUGAAGUAGGUAAGAACAAAACAAGGAUACUGAUAGCAAAUUAUGAUGAAGUCUUUAAAAUUCUGUUUGAUGCAUGAUAAGUAAAAUGGAUUUAAUGGCUGAAAGUGUAACUGGUAAUCCUGUGCAGUGGUCUGUACAUGUUACUGUGAACACUCACAUGGAAUGUUAUAACUUCACUAUAGGUAGUCAUUGAAUUCUAGAGCAGUAUUGUGGAAAGGAAAGACCGCUUUUCCAUUUCUAUCAGUUGUAGGGUUUUUUUUUUUUUUUGCUCAGAGUAAUUAGCAAAUUUCAGUACUUGAAGCCUGUCUUAGUUACUCUGCAAAGUGAUGUUGUGUGACAUGCUAGUGGAUAGAAAGGUUGAGAUUAGAGGUACCUUUACACCCUAACAUCAGUAUGCAUAUUCUCCAUACUGUUUUCUUUACAUUUGGUAAGGUGUUGACAAGGAGAAUUUGUUUAUCAAUCAAGAAAAUAUUUAGUUGGUGAUCAUUUCCUAUAUUCUCAUGACCUUACGGUGUGAUGCAGAGGUUAUACUGUUGGGAUAAGUCAGAUGCUAGUCACUCCAGGGUUAAUUUCAUGAAUGGAGUGCUGAAAUGAACUGAGGAAAAUAUUUUUCCCCUGAUAUUUUUUGGUUAAGUGAGUUUUCAUGGUUGAGGUAAGUGUUGUGCAGAAAGAGGGAGAUUAGAAACUAAUUUUGGGAGGAAAUAGUUGAAUUGAUCAUGUGUUAUUAUUGUGUUUGGAUUAGGGAGGAAUGAACAAAGUGUCCAGAGAAAUUGCAGAGUAUCUUCUGGAAUGUGUGAAACAGGCUAAUGCAGCCAUGUCAGGUUCUACAGCAGUUCUCAUUUCAUUUUAAACACAAUUUUGUCUCUUUUAACAAUUUUUGGUUUCUGUACAAUGUGACAUGUAUUAAAGAAUGUCAAGUAUUUCCCCAAAAAAUUUCAAGAUUCCUAAAAACAAUUUGACCACUCAAGAGUGCCUUUCUGUGCAGCUCCUUAUUUUCAAACAGACUGCCAACUGAUCUAGAUUUAGAACAGAGUCAUUGGGCAGCUAUCACAUGGGGGAUCUAAAUUUAAGAAAAUCUGUAAAUUUUUUGCUGUUGGUUUUGAUGUAAAGUUACUACAUUUCUCAGAAAUCUCAAAAUGUAGCAAAUUGUUUUAUUUUAUUUUUCAGUAAAUUUGAAGACAAUCUCAAAACAUAAAGGAAGCUACUGCUGCAACAGUUUCUAGACCCUUGGAAUAUUUGAAGCUCUUUUAAUUGAAAGCUUUUUCAUUUCAUACUAGGAAAAAAGGGCACAGACCAUGGAAAGCUCUUGGAAGCUGAGAAACAAGUUAGCAGUGUAGAGCCAAGUUAUGUUAUAACUGUAAGUUUGCAACAAACAACUGUUUUUUCUCUGUGUAGAAGCUAAGUUUUCUUGUUUUACAUUUCUUUAAAUGUCACCUGCAUCUUUGCAUAUUAUUUAAUAACCCUUUAACUCCCAAAAUGAUAAACAUCAGUGCAUAACUUCUCCCUAUAUUUUCAUCACAUCAUCUAGCAGAAAGGUGAUAAGAGUAGACAAACUAGUCAGCUAUAGGGCGUUAUCUUACACCUGUUAUGGUCUCUGCUUGCAACUGAAAUUGAAUCUAACAUUGUUCAAAAGUUCAACGUUAGAGCACUUUUCAAUCGAGAGUCUCAGAACCAAAACCAAUGAAAGUCAUCACAAGAAAAAAAAUGCUAUAAAUCAAGAGCUAAUAAGAACUCAAACUAAAACUGACCAGGCUGCCUAAAAUGCAGGAAAAUGCUGUCUACUUAGUUGUGUUUGGUUUUAAUUUUGCAUCUGAUUGGUUAAGAGGGUGGUGCAUGUUUUCUGGACCAAUCACAGAGCAAGCACUUCCAUAUUCAUUUCUUUAAUUUUGCAUCUCAUUGACUGAGAGAGUGGUGUGAGUUUUUUGGACCAAUCAUAGAGUGAAGUGAAGUAAAAGCAAAGCAAUCUCAGAUUACUUUUGAUGCUCAAUUAAAAAGUGCUCUAACUCUAGAAAGUGAUUUCCAUGUUUUGUUUUUCAGUCAAAAAGGUUGUUGAAGGCAAGCCAUGAGAGGCCUCACUCUUGUAAAGGAUCUGUCUGGUCAAAACUACAGAGGUUGGUUUAGUUUUAUUGGAAUUUUAUCUUGGAAGGGCACUCUUUUUGUGUGGUGAAGGUGGGGGGAGAUCCUUGUCCCAAAAGUGUGUGACCAUAAAAACAUCAGAACUUUUCAAUUAAAUUUUUCGAUGACGAAGAUCUUGGCACGGCAGAAGGUUAACUUGACCCCACCAAAAAGGUAUCACCUCAAAUUUUUUAUUGUCAAGAACAGAACUGGAAAUGACCAGAUUUCUUCUACAGGAAUGGAGAACCCUCUAGAAUGUGCCUUGUUCUGCAUGUGUGGCUUUCUAAGCCCCCAACAAGUAUCUGGGAGGCACAUGUUUGAAUUCUGUUAAAACCUUGAAAGUUUUGCUAAUUUUCUCCACAUGCAGUUGCCCAAGUCUUGGGUAAUCUGUGAGGAUCAUUCAUUUACUUUAUAUGCUUACACAGGUCAAAUGAAAUUUAUUUUUGUAAAAAGUUAUGCAAAGCUUGGAAUUCUCAAUCAGCUUCAUGUAAAAAUGUUUGAUGUAUUUUUAAGGGAUGACUUACCUAAUGGAUUUAAAAGCAGAGCUUCUGCAAGAGUCAUGUCUGCUGUUGGUGCAAAAACGAACCAAAAAGCAUUACAGAGAAAAAGGAUCAAGUUAGUUAGGAGGAAACCUGGUAAAAUGCCAACAAAGUUUUAAUUCUCCUUCCAUUUUAUUCAUUAACUAUUAAAUAACUGUAAGUAGACAAUGAAAAUGAUGAAAAUUGGGAUUACCUAUGAGUAUCUUAAAAGGCAAAUCUAUUCCUUGUGUAAGAAUUGUAAAAUAACUAAUAAGUACCACUUUGUUUCAAGAACAGGGUUGAGAGAAAUUCUGCAGUCUGUGUUACAGUUUGUUUAGUUGACACUUACUGAACCAGCCCAGUAUUUAUUUAAUAUUUACAGCAUCUUGAAAUUUUGCAAAAACACAAAAAUUCCAAACCAAAUUUCAAGACCUGGAAAUACUGGUAAUAUAGAAAACAAAGUUUAAUCUUGACAAAAGUGAGAGAAGUCAAAAGGCAUUUUUUUUUUUUAAAUAAAUUUGAAAUGAGGUCAUUGUAAGCUAGCAGAAUCUUAAAUUAUAGGCUGUUAUCAAAAGUAGCUUGAUCCAGGUAUUUUAAGUUGUGGGCCAAACCCUUAACAAUCAUCAUCCUACUCAAGGGAUUGGCUUUGAAUCAUAACUUUGUGACUGUAGAGUAACAAUAUUUUAUAGUGCAUUGGAUGCCAUUGUCAGACCAUAGGUAAAGCCAGUACUCACUCAUGAAUAAAGGGGGUAAAUGUUUCUGAAGAAACUGUGGUGCUGCAUCAGUGGGAAAGUAUGAUGAGGUAUUUGGUAUCAUCGACUCAAUUGAUAAUGUAAAUUGGCCACCAUAAAGAGUUUCAAAGCUAACAUUUCAAGCAUUAGCCCUUUGUCAGAGCUUUGGCCCUAACAAAGGGCUAAUGCUUGAAGCAUCAGCUUUGAAACUCUUUAUGGUGGCCAAUUUACAUUGUCAACGUAGUUGAUAUAAUGCCAAAUUUCCAUAUUACUUGUACUGAUUUAUUUCAUUAGGCACCUGGAUAAUGUGAACUGUUUUUUCUAUUUUAGUGCUUGGUGACAGAGUAGAGGUUGGCCAUCAGGUACAACUCAUUUUGUUUUAGAGCAACUCUCUAUCUUGCUUUUUGGAAAAAUACUCUACUCUAUUUGAUCUUUUGUUAAAGAAUGCACAUGAACAUAAUGCUAAUGAAGCUAAUGAUUUCUGAAAAAAAAUUUUUCUUGUCUGAGUUCAUUUUUUGAAAAAUGUCCUCUGUCAUUAAAGAGAGAAGGUGGUAACUGCUUUUAACAUAUUUGAUCAGUUAAUUUUGAAACAUGAAGUUGUUUGAUUUUCCUAGACGUAUGGACGCCUCGUAGCUCUUCCAGAGUUGGACAUGGGCUUAGUUCAGCUGGAGACUGUAGCAGGUACAUAUAUUAUUCUGAAAAACAAAUCCGGUGAGGUUAAUUUACAAUUUGAAUUAAUCAGUGGAUAAGUUAAUGAUAAAAACCUUUCCUCAGCUCCCAAGUUCCAGCAGGCAGACUUUCCCAUCAAUUACCUGGACCAGCAGUUCCUGUAUGUUGACUUUGCUGAUAUCAACUGGGAUUGUGCAUCAGAGACAUGGAGACCAUCUUAUUCAAAGUGAGUAUUAAAGUAAAGUGGACAUUUCUGGCCAGAUACAUCUAAAUUCUCAGCUAGAACCCUGAUAUAGACUAGCAUCGCACAUAGCCAUGAAAUUUGCUUCAAUUUGCUAAAUAUUGGGCACAAUCUUUCCAAAAUUAAAUGGUUGGCAUUGCAAAAACAGUUCAAAGGUAAGUGACUCACUGUGUUGAUUGAGAAGCAGUACAGGGGUCUUUCCUGCUUGUAGCAAUUUGUCAAUAAAAUCAGACUCUCUACUAGUUAGGGAUAAUAAAACAAUUUCCUUUAUAUUCAGAGAAUUCGUGGAAAGUCACAGUCAAAAAGGUUAGUAUGAGUUAAUUUGUUUGGUACAUAAAUUAAUUGAGUCACUCUUAACAUCAACACCUGCUGAAGGGUAGCUAUUGGAUCCUUAGUUAGUGGCAGUUACUAGUAACAGCAACUGUAAUUUAUGUCGUCAAAUGUGAACAAACUCUGCUUCAUUUUAGGAUCAAGGAGUAAAACACUCAACACAAGCUAUGAUAACAGGGUAUGGCUCAAUGAAAGUUUACUAUGAUUUUGCUUAUAGACUCAGUUGAUAUUUUUUAUUAUUAGUAAUUAACUCUGUUAUUAAUAUGUUCGUUAAUGUAUUGAAAUCAUUCCACUAUAAAUGAUUGACAGAUUUAUUAAUUGACUGAGUGACUGAUUGAUUGGCAGAUUGGUUGAGCAUUUGAUCAACGUACUAAUAAAUAUGACUGUAGCUGUUUUAUUGUGUCUUGGAGAAUGGUUCACCUAUAACAACGCUUAAAUCUGUGAUAAUGGUGAUGAUUAUUUUUUUAAAAUCAGUAUUUUUCUCUAGGAAGAGGUUGCUCAAUUUCUAUCAGAUGCCAUUAGGCAAAAUCUCCAACUCAGAGUUGAUCUGCCGGCAGCCUACAAUACUGAUGCCACAUCAGCAAUUGGGGAACCUGUAGCAACAGGUAAAUGAGGCAAAUUGAGCAGUGUGUCAGGUUUAUCAAGAUUCAAAGUUAAUAGCUGUCAUGGUGGUAUGCAAGUCUAAGAAACUAUGUACAAAGUCUAAGAUAAUGGAUGUUACCAUAACAAAGGACUCAGAAAGUGUUUGCUUAUUUUGUAUGAUUUGUUUUACCUUUUUUCAGGAGAGACUGUAAUAACAGAUCAUGUGAGAUCAAUUGUACGAGAGUGCCUGCAAGAAGCAGAUGUAAAAUGGACAAGCUCUUAUGAACCUGAUAUUAAUGGCAACCACUUGCAUGAUCCAACAGAUAAUGAUGAUGUUGAGCAGCCUGUGCCAGAGAAGGCUGACAACUUGGUAUAAUGAAUUUAAAAUAUAGAAACAUCUUUAACUUAUAAAAUCUUAUGAAAGAUGAAGCACCCCAAAUGAUUAUGAUUUUGCAACUACUGUUGCUUAUGUUUUACUAGGAUCCAAAACAGCCCUAACUUCUUACUUUCUGGGAAAUGUUAAUUGUGUAAUAUAAUUCUCUGAGGGACAAAGUUUUCCAGAAAAGUGUGACAACCAACGCUUGACUCUGAAGAUGUGUUUUACUCAGGUGGUCACAAUGUCAGUCACUACAACUAUUACAAAUGAAAAGUGUCAUUUUCAAGACCACUCCCUCAGGUACAAUUAGACCACACUGUUACCCCAGGGUGUAAACCAUCCUUGAUGUGGAAAUGUGUCAGUUUACCAUUUGGAUUUUACCCUCAGGAAGCUUAAGUCUAAGAGUCUUUGGACCAGUAUCCUUCGCAAUUUUUUUGCAGGCUCAAAAGGGAUUUGAGCUUGCAAAGGCACAGGCAGACAAAAAAAGAAUUUUAAUUCUGACCAAUUUUUCAUUUUUCAUUUUUCAGUCCACCCCUGUUGUUGUAUCAGAGGUGACAGCUAAUGCUGAUUCAGAAUCCUACAAAGGUGAAGUUUGCAACAAGAAAAUAUGUUAACCCUUUAAUCCCUGAGAGUGAACAAGACAGAAUUUCUCCUUACAAUAUCAAUACAAUAUCAACCAGAUAAGUGACGAGAAUAAAGAAAAAUAUCAAUUUGGGGUUGAUUAGUUGAUCCAGUACCAAAUUCUCUGAACUAACAUUAUAAGAAUUGUAUGGUUGACAGUAAGGAGAAUCACAAAUUUGAUCUGGGAGUUAAAGGGUUAACUUAACAUGAAAGGUAAUCUGCUUAAUUGAUACUCAAUCACUAGUCAAAGAAUUAUUUCAGAUUGGAUGGAUACAUAUUUACUUUUGCAAUUAACAUCUCUUACAGUGUAGCCUUCUAGAUUGAGAGACAAGUGCAAACAGAUUUCCUUUUUUAUGUCAAGAUUACUUCCACUUUCACAGUUACUCUUUGACUGCAGUGAGAUUUGAGAAAAUAGUGUUUUGUUACUCAUUAUCACUCACAGUUUACAGUGUGAAUUGUGGUGUCAAAAAAACCAUCAAAUACUUAAGAAGAAGAAAAUUUACCUCUGACACAUUCAACAUGGCUGGUCUUAGUUUGCACCAACAACAAUCAGUUUGUGUUGGUUUAUUGGAGCAUUGAAAAAUUGUUGCCAAGCCAUCUAUGUGGAAAAGUCGUGCUUAAAUGAUAUGACUUCUUCUCAACAGAUUGUGAGGUGUUAGAGGAAGAUACUGAGGUGAACAGGUAAGAGGGGAAUCAAACCCUGUUGUAUAGUUGGGUAAUUUAGUAUCAUCAGCUGAGUUCAUAACGUAAAUUGGCCACCAUAAAGAGUUUCAAAGCUGAUGCUUUGAGUGUUAGUCCUAAGUCAUUCAAUCUGACAAAGGGCUAAUUCUCAAAAUGUCAGCUUUGAAACUCUUUGCAGUGGCCAAUUUACAUUGUCAACUCAGUUUAUAAUACAAAAUUACCCUGUCGUACUCCCUCACUGAUGCAGCACCACAGUUUCUUAUUAUAAGAAACUAAAUUAACCCCCUUUAUCAUACAGCUAUUAAUUCAACCAAUCUGCUCCAUGGUAAACCCACACUUACAAUAGAAUAUCUCUUAUUUUCAUCAUUACACCUACUAAGAAAACUGCAAAAGAAUCAAGAGUAACUCUUUUACAGCCAGGUAGACACAAUGGCAUAAUGAUGCUGGACUCUGGGUCAAGAGGGCCAGGUUCAAGAUCUGUUUGGGUCAUUGUGUUGUGUUUUUAGGCAAAACACUUCAGUCACACAUAUGGCUUCUCUCUACUUAGGAGUGUAAUGGAUUUCAGCAAAUUGUUAGGGAAGCCUGAUGAAAUGCUUGGGGAAGGGGGGGCAACCUUGGGAUAGACUGGCAUCCCAUCCAGGGGGGAGUUAGUAUUACUUGUAGUUGCUUCACACUAUGGAAACCAGGAUCUGAUGAGUUCUCUAUCGUUCUUUAGCAAAGAAAUUGAAGACAAUUUUCUUCUUAUGGAGGAUGAAGGUGAUGACAUCGCUUUGGACGAUCUUGGCUCAGAAAGUGCACAGUACUUUCCUGUUGAUUCUGAAGGAAUGGAGGAAAUGGUCUCGUACACAGAACACGCCAGAAUAAAUGCAUGGAAGACACCUGAAGUGAUUAAAAAGGCUGCUGAGAAAGGAGUACCUUCCAGGGUGGGAAGUGCUACAACAAGAGUGAAUUCCAUUUCAGCAGCCCACCCUCCCCCACAGCGACCCUCAUCACCGACCCAGCCAGGUGUUGUUCCAUUUAUACAGGCCAACAGAUGGUUGGCAGGGGGUCGGGAUGUGAGUAGCACAUCUGUCAAGCGUGCAUCUGUUCUUCUGCCUGGAUGGAUGGAAGGAUUGGAAGAAAGAAGACCCAAGUCUUCUCCAGCCAUGAGAGGUCCUAGGUAAUUUCCUUUAAUUUACAUAUAAAUAUUAUUGAUAUGGCAAAUGCUAUAAACUGGAGCCAAGUAAUUUUAUCUUGAAAUUAUUCCCAAGUGUUUCCUUUCUGAAUCACUCCUAUCAUUGUUUCAAUUAGCUGUGGUACCAGUAACUUUGGUUGUCUCUCUUUUCUCUCAUCUUUUUCAGAGUCCUAGCUCAGAUAUUCUGAAUUACAGAAAUCCCUUUAAUAGCUGAAAUUCAUGCAUUGAAAUAUUUUUUUAUGAGCCAAUUUUAUAAAUUUUUUGUAAAAAUGUUGCUAUGAUCUAGUACCAAACUUCAGGGGAUAUAGCAUCAACUGUUACCAAGAACCUCACUGUUUCUUGAAUCUGUUGGACUACAAAAACUUCAACCCAGACUUUUGGAAAGGCUUGUACCCCUAAUCUGUCUCUCAUUUAAGAGUUUCUGUAAGGUAUAUGGUUAUAGAGUAUUUGAAUUUAAAAAUUGUAAUGGAUAAUUUUUUUGGUUGUGAUUGUUUUUCUAGUAGGCAAACCUCAAGUCCAAUUACCUCUCGGACAAGAGUGUCUAGACCCACUACAGGUACAAAUAACUUAACAGAAUUUCAGCUGAAUUUGAUGUGUUGAACCAUUUACUGUGAGAAGGAAACCUGGUUUGUUAUGUGGUUGUACCAAUGUUAGGCUUCCCUUGAUUAAGUAAAAAUGAAAUGAAUAAAUGAAUGAAAAUGGGAGUGACGUGAAGUGGCCCUUGUUUUCAAUAACUGGCCUACUCAUAGUACAUCUGCUAUGAUUUGUCAAUUUAGCAGACAGUAUUUCUCUGUAUGGCCCAAUAAAUUUACAAGUUUGUCUGAGUUGAAAUAUUUCUGCCCCAGUUGAACCCAAACAUAUGAUAAAUAUCUUGCUAACCACAGUUUCUUGGUUGGUACUGUAAGUAGUUAAACCUUUUUUUUUUUUAACCAUUGCCCUUGGGCCCUUAAUCGAGAGGUAAAAACUUGAUUUGUAACUUAUGGUACGCACUUAAAACUUGGUCAGGAAGAGGUAUUUAGGUGAAAAAAAAAUUAAAAUUAUUUUAUGAUGCAGGGCGACCUCUAGGACAAAGUGGACAGUUCAUAAUGAGAGGAUCUUCUCAUGUACAGUAUCAGUUUCAACCUACUCGGGUAUGUAAAAGAUAAAGUUUACACUCCUUAAAAAUAGAUAUUCAUUUUAAGUUGUUCCUUUUGACCUGCUUUUUCUAGUUUUGAAUUUUUAACCUAAUGCAAUAGUGUUAAUUUGACUGUGGCAGACAAUUCAAAGUGAACAGAUUGCAUCACAGUAUGCCACCUCUAUGGUGUCAUAAGAAUCUAAGGCAUUGGCAUUUCCACUCAAGACCUCUCCUUUGAUAGACUACUACUAAAUUUUGGUUAGAAAAGGCUUCUUGCUAUUAUGGGGUAAAGGCUGUGCUGCACUUUUUGUUGUUUUCAGGCAUAAAAUUACAUAUUAGUGGAAGUUGAUUUGAAGUUACUUUCAUCAGUUAUUUUCCGUGUUAACAUACAGUUCUACAUCAAACUUUAUGGUGAUAUCAUCAUAUUGACAUAAUGUUUUACUACAACAUCUCACUUAAAAUCAAUAGCUUAUUAUUAAUUGGUAACUUUCUCUUCUCUCAUACAGGUUGUCAUAAGAAGGAGAUAAUGGAAGGUUACAGUCACAUGACCACAUGUGUGCUUAUGCUUCAUUAAAUUUCCUUCUAUAUCAUUUAAAUUUUUCUCAAACAAUAUACCUUAAAUUUUGAAGUUUAAGGGGACUAUGUAAAAUUCAUGACAUGAUCAUGAGCCACUGACCAAAUGCAUCUGUUCCCAUCCUUACCUUUACUGCUUCUGCGGUGAUUUAUGAGAAAAAAAAUACUUGUACUAAUGCAUCAUAUUGAUAGAGCAAAUAAUGAUUGGAAAGGACAGACUAAGGCUUUUUUUAUGCAAAGAAUUUUAAGUGGUCAAUAUUUUCACUUGCUCCACUAUUUAAAUCCACUUUACAAAAAACCUUCUGAAUUCUCCAAAGCUUUGUGAAGUAUCAAGGUUUUAGCAAAGUGCUGUUUGAACAUUUAAAAAAUAUAUUUAAGAAAAGAAGUUAAUGUUAUGUUAUUUAUGCUGUUAGUCAGCAACAGAUUUUCAAGUUGACUGCACCAUCAGUCAGUUUACUUUUAUGUAAUUGCUGUCUUUGACCUCUUUGUAGUAAAGUUAACAUGCACAUUUUAUUUCAUACAUACAGCAUAAUCUAUCAUUAUUUUAUGCUGUUGUAGGAAUCAUACCUUUUUGCUGGUUUGUGUAACUAUUUAAUGUUUGAUUGUUAUUUAAAAUCUGGUUUAAGUGUACCAUUAGAUAUUUAUAUUUAAUCAUAAAAAGAAGGAUAUUUUUUGAGUUGCGAGGGCUUAUUAAAAGUAAUAUACAGUUGACAAGAUGUGGUUAAUGGAUAUUUGUUAUUAAUUUAAUAGAUGCAGCCGGUCAUUCGUUUUUGUGUUGAUAAUAAAUAUAAUUACUAUUUUUCUGAAGUGUGGAAGUUCAGAUUUCUUUGACACCUAAGAGCAGUAUUCAGAUACUCAAACAAAGCACUUUUAUUACACAAAAUGCUUUAUUUUCAUUACUCUUGGACCUAUUUUACUGUGAUCGUUUGGUUGACCAAAAAUUUGCAAAUUUAAUCCUUUUUGAGGUGGAAUGAUUCCCAACCUUUUAAAUCCCUGAGGCGGAAAACACGUAACUUCUCAAGCAAUAUUAGUACAUCAUUCUGCAAGCAGGCAACGAGAGUUAACAAAUGCAUUACAUUGAUACAGCACCAAGUUCUCAUAACAGAUUUUCAAAGAAAUAUACUUAUAACAAUUAGAAGGGAG